GACACUCAACUUACACCCCUGAUCGCUGCAGUCAGCAAUCCGGCGGUGAACACUGCACACCUGUUCACACGUUCACACACUGAGUCGUGUAAGGUGUGUGUGUAUCGCUUGGUGCAUUCGGUGCAUCAUGUGUUGUACCCACUUGUUGCCAUGGUUACGGUCGUUUGGUUCCUUUUUGGUUUGUUUUGAUUUUAGUAGCGUUGCGUAUAAUUCACAAGCGCGAUGUGCGCAUGAUACGAUUGUUUUUAUAUUUGGUUAUUUUGCGGUUGCAUAUCAACUUCUGUUGUAACAUCUAAAAUGGAACAUCCUGAUGGAAACAGUGAAGAAAUUAAUAGUUCGCAUAAACCGACAACUACCGGUACUAUCACAAAGAUGCAAUUCAAAAUGAAGAACAGCAGUGAUGGAGUGUUGCUUAAAAUUCACCAUACGGUUUCUCAAAACGGACGUCUUUUAAGAAUUCGCUUUAUAAAUGCUUGUUUCAGUUAUGAAAACGAUAAGCUUUUUGCUAUCGAUCACAGAGGGAGCGUAUUCGUUUUUUGUUUGACGUCUUUUAAAUAUUGGAUAAUUGAGCAGCGCGGUAAUCAUGUCACUGCCAUUGAGCAUAUCCCUAAUACGAGCCAACUGCUGCUGGGAAAUAAAGAAGGACUUGUAGUGCUUGUUGAUUCCGAUACAGGCAACGAACUAAUGCGCUUAAAAGCUCACCAUACCCGAAUCGAACGGAUAUCCUUUCCAUCGUGGCUCGGAAAACAACACGAACAGCGGCAACAACCAAAUACACAAUCGAAUUCACGCCAAAAACAAGAAGCAGCGUACUUAGAAAAACCUGCCAGUUCAGCCGGUACUAAGGUCCAACAGAAAACUAAAUCGAGCAAAAACACCUUGGCACUGUUGUUUCUAGUAACGGCAGCCGGAUGCGCCAAAUUGUACGAUAUGCGAAAUUUCGUGGAAGUGCAUCAAUUGAAUUACGGGACAGUGGACCCAAUGGAGCAUAUCGAGCAGCUACAAUGGAUUCCAAGGACGAAUCUUCUGUUAGGUUGCGGACUGAAUGGUAUGCUCAGGCUCUGGAAGACCGAUUUCCAACUAGCCAAAGAGUUGAAUCUACGGAAGAUGAAAACCAACUACUUGAAAAAGUUUCAAAUGGAAACUAUUAUGUGCGAGGAGAGGGAACCGUCAAUCUGCGAAAGCCAAGAUGAAUCCAAGCGUGAAGUCGAGCGAGUAAUCCGAAGCAUGCCCACUGACGGCCGUACCAAAGGGUACGUGAAAUCAGCUCAAUUUACUCUUGGCGGAAAGUUUCUGCUGCUUAAUUGCAUGGACCACUCUUUGAUUAUACUCAGUUGUGAUUCAUGGCAGGUAUGCAAAAUUCUGGCACUUUCUAGUCUGUUCAUUACGCAUUUUGAAAUGGUACCCAUUGACCGGGAACAUCCUCCUCGCGCCAAAGCUCAGGAGUUCGUGAUGACGGCGAGAACCGUUGAGAGUGAUUUGCUGCUAAUGAAUUUGGAGAACGGUUCAAAAAGCUACAUAGUACACAGUCCGGAAAGCAAAUGCUAUAAAUUCCGUCUCUCCAACAAUGGCAAAAUGCUGGCCAACGUGCUGAAAAGCGGUGAAAUUUUGCUCCAUAAUUUGGAAUUCCAUUUGUGUGCCUUGAAAGCGCAUAAAUUACAACGGUCGGUGGCAGUAGUAGGCACACCGACAGGAAAAACACACCCGCGACCAUCGAAAAGAACUGCAAGUACCACUAGCAUCAUCCAACAACAACAACAACGAACGAUAGGAGAACCAGCAACGAAUAGUAAUUUGGCUACUCCUUCCAUUGCAUCAUUGUACACGGUUGUACCAUCAGCCACGGUUGCUUCUUCCGGUUCAACAUCGACCGGACAAAUAGUGUCCGUAUUCCGGAAGGAGAGUAAGCUUAAAAUAGAUAAGCGUUUGGAGGAGAUCCAUGAUAAGAUAUCGAAAACACUCGCUAAAAACAGGCUGCUGCCGAUAUUGAAAGAGUUCGGCGAAUAUCCGGAAAAGCAUCGGACGACCAUUUGGCGCACUCUGCUCGAGCUGCCACAUAAUGUCGAUUGCUUCAAUGCGUUGCUUCUGCAGGGACACCACUCUUGUGUGGCGGAUUACGAUCGCAAAUUUUCCACUUUCGGUGGACGGAUGGUUCGGAACAUGAAAAAAAUCGUGUCCUGCUUGGCUCACUGGUCAGCGGUUUUUGCACAGUGUGAUUUCGUGCCGUUUUUCGUUCAUCCAUUCGUUCGACUAUAUCAGAAUGACUCGCUUACGUGUUUCGAAACGGUUGCUACGGUGUUUCUAAACCACUGUCAGUUGUGGUUCGAGUUCGCUCCACUGGAACCGUUUAAUUAUUUGGGUAUGAUAGAGAACAUUCUCUGCGAGUACGAGCCGAAGCUGAUGAAUUUUUAUCGUUCGCGCCAUAUAUCUUCCCGAAUCUAUGGCCUGACGUUGAUGGAGACGGCUUUCGCGGGAAACUUCGAUGCCAAUCAAUGGGUCCGUCUAUGGGACCACAUGCUAUCGAACGAACCAUGGUUCAUGCUAUUUUUUAUUGUUGCUUACAACGCUGCCCACAGAACGACUAUCAUGAAUUGCUUGAAUGAAAAGGAUGUUGAAGGAUUUUUUCACGAGCCAUCGCUGAUAGACAUCAACAGACUGCUGAAAAGGACAUACGAUUUGGCCGAACGAUGUGCCGAGGGCAUCCAUCCGGCGUACUACAUGAAAUCGUUCGUAUCACUUAACGGCGCAGCGGUUUGCAACACUACUGCCAACGAGACCAAGUGCUCUAAUUUAGAGAGACGCUAUAAACCGACGCAAUGUUAUGAACCCAAUCAACUGCGAAAUCGUGAUGAGGAGAGCCCGGCCAGAAGCACGUAUAGCAAAUUCAGCAACUUUCCCAAACAGCUGGUCGAUAUUAGAACUGGCGAGAUGAAUUGCUUGAAAGCCGAACAGCAGCGAUUGGAAGCAAAAAUAGUGGAAAUGGAAAAGCUCGAGCACAUGUUGAAGGGCCGAAUGGUGGAAAAUCUGCUUCAAGAAGAGCACGAUAAACGGAUGAAAGAGGUAGAAAGGAAAUAUGAGGAAGCACUAACGAGCGAAGAGCAACGUAUCGACAUGCAACGAAGACUGCUGCUACUGCACAAGAGACAACUGCGAGAACGGGAAAAUGAAGUUUUGACAGAGUCCAGAAAUAUGCUGCUGCGGAAAAGUGCUGCUGCACGAGAAUGUGAGCUCGAAACUUUGCUGAAAACGCUGCAGCAAGAGAGACAUCGGGAGGAGAUUGAUCUCAUGUUCGCUGAGGAGGACAUGAAAUUACGGGAAAUGGAGCUGCAGGCUAAACGCUAUGAUACCAGCGCGAAAUUAGUGGACGAUCGAUCUCUGGAGCAGCGAUACCAGCAUGCAAUUCAACAGCUAGAGCACCAGAAGCAACGUUUUUACGAGGAUAUCGAACGGGUAUCUUAUUAUGAUUCCACUGGACGUCCUGCAGCAAGUAUGUACAAUGAAGAACGAAUAGAAGUAGAUUACUGCCAAACAACUCCAAGACAGUCGCAGCUCAAGGAUUACGAGCGAAAGAUUAAACAUCUGGAAACUCAAUUAGAAACUCUUCUGCACUCCCAAGACUAAAUGUAAGAAAAAUUAUUAUCCAAUUUGAAGCUACAUAUGUAAAACAUACUUUUUGCAAACUAUUUAGAAAUAUUUUUAGAGGUUUGCUAAAUUUCAAUAACGCUUUCCAAUAAACAACCCUUUAUCACUCACAUCCACAUACCACUACUGUUUGUUCACUGACACCUGUGAGAGGAAGCUUUCCUAGCACUGAUCCCGUCGUCGGUAGAGCAGAUGGUAAUUUUAAAAUUUGCAUUACAAAUCUGCCAAGUUGCACCACCGCUAGGGAAAACAUGAAAUCUAGGGUUUUGCAUUGUUUUAGAAUGGGCGACAGGGCCACCAACAAAACGAAGGAGUAAAAAGUGCCGUUCAUUCGAUACACUUCGUACGGUCACUAGCUGACAGGAGGGAACUAUGACACUGUAGGUACAUGAAGAAGCAGAUGCAGUUGCAUCAGAGGUUCUCGAGAUAUGCCAAUCAUGUGAGAAUGUUUAUGAAUAAAUAAAUAAAACGAAAUAUAUAA